AAUGUUUUUCAAUAACGAAAGAUAUAAUAUAAGGCACGAUGAAGAGAGUGGAAUUGUUACUCUACUUGUUAAGAAUGUAAGUUCCCACGACGAAGGAUGUUAUACAUGCAGAGCUGAGAAUUCGGAAGGUGUUGCUACUACGACAGCUUUUCUUGUUGUUAGAGGUAAUGACGGUUAUACUCCUCUCACUUAUGAGAGAUCUACUGAAGAGGAAACUUCUCAGAUUCAGGUCACUAAAACUGAUAAGGCUGCUGUUAUUGAGGAGUAUAUUACCAGAGUAGAAGAAUUCGAAGAAGAAAGUAUUGAAGAAAAGAAAGAAGCUCCUAAAAUCACUUAUCCCGAAGAACUUCUAGAAGAACUUAAGAGGACUAAGCAGGGCUCUCUUGUUUACAUAGAGGCUCAAGUAACAGGUUAUCCUAGGCCUAAGAUAAAUUGGUUCUUUAAAGAUCAAAAGCUAACUACAUCGAGCAAUAUUUUUCUUCAAUACGAUGAUAAUUACGCAUUUUUAAAGUUAAGUAACGUUCAAGGCGUUCAUUCUGGAAUAUAUAAAUUACUCGCUGAAAAUUCACACGGCAGGGACACUGCCGAGUUCUCUGUAAAAAUAAGAACCGUACCAUCUAGUCCAAGAAACUUGCAAGCUAUUGAGGUUUCUAGAGAUUACGUUGUACUGCAAUGGGAAGAGCCUGAAAAUGAUGGAGAUGAAAAGAUAACUGGAUAUCAUAUUGACAAGUUAUUAACAGCUUCACCAACGAAAACUUGGGUUAAUGCUGGUUACGUCGAUAGUUCUGUUAAAAAAUAUAAGGCUUCCAGACUAUUCGAAUAUUCUGAAUAUCUAUUUAGAGUUGCUUGCGAAAAUAGAAUUGGAUUAAGUGAAUUUAUAGAACUCGCUGAAAGUAUUACAGUUAAACUACCAUUUGACGCUCCUGGCCCUCCCCAAAAUUUAGAGUUUGAAGAGAUUAAUAAAGAUUUUGUAAUUCUUAAAUGGGAUCAACCAGAAUGUGACGGUGGCUCGGAGAUUACUCAAUACAUUGUUGAAAAGUCGGAAGUAAUAAGAUAUAGUAAUUCUUGGAAUAUUGUCGAAACGCUAAAACCUACGGAACGACGUUUAAAAGUUGAUAAACUAUUUUUGGGUAAUUCGUAUAACUUUAGAAUAACUGCCGAAAAUAGAGUCGGACCUAGUAAACCAUUACAAACUAAAGAACCUAUUACUACAAAACUACCAUUCGAUAAACCAUCUCCUCCUCUAAAUCUACGUCCUAUUGAAAUAAACAGAGAUUCUGUCUACUUAGAAUGGGAUAAACCCGAGUCCGACGGUGGUAAUGAAAUUACAAACUAUGUCAUUGAAAAGAGGGAUGCUAAAAGACCAGGAUGGAUAUUUAUAGUUGAUUUACCAGCUCGAGAAUCCAAGUACAAAGCAACAAGACUAUUUGAAGGAAAUGAAUAUUUUUUUAGAAUAUACGCUGAAAAUGAGGCAGGUACAAGCGAACCCUUUGAAAUGGAAAAACCUAUUUUGGCUAGACUACCAUAUGAUGAACCAAAUGCACCGAAAAAUUUAAAAGUCAAGGAGACAUGGAGCGAUUAUGUUGUCCUUGAAUGGGAUAAUCCAGAUUUUGACGGAGGUUCACCUAUUACUAAUUUCAUAAUUGAAAAGAAAGAAAAUUCUCUUCCAACAUGGAUGAAAUGUGGUCGAGUUAAUAGUGCUACUCACGAAUUUAAAGUUGAUAAUCUCUUUCAACGUACAUCGUACUUUUUCCGAAUAUUUGCUGAGAAUGAAGUUGGACUUAGUAAAACCAGCGCCGAAAUUUUCGAACCUAUACAACCCCGUUUACCAUUUAAUGUACCGCAAGCACCAAGUAACUUUCACGUUGUUAGCUAUAAUGUUGAUAAAAUUAAGAUUGAAUGGGAGAAACCCGAGGAUGAUGGUGGUUCUCCCAUUGAACGUUUCGUCAUUGAGAAACGUGAAAUAUCGAGACCUAUAUGGCUACAGUCUGGUGCAGUGCCGGCUAAUGUAACAACGUUUACCUUGGAUAAUUUAUUUGAAGGGGAAAGUUAUCUUUUUAGAAUAGCUGCAGAAAAUAAAGCUGGAAGAAGUGUUUACUUGGAAAAUGAGGAUCCAGUCACGGCUAAGUUGCCUUUCGAUAAGCCUGCUUCGCCGCAAAAUUUUACUAAAACAAAGAUAUGGAAAGAUUAUAUUGAACUGCAAUGGGAAUCUCCUUCGGAAGAUGGCGGGUCUAAAGUUACUGGCUAUAUUCUUGAGAUGAAGGAUGGAUUAGAAGUGUCUUUCAAACGUUUAUGCAAACUAGAUGCUAAUAUAAAUAGUUUUGUUGUGAAAAACCUAAAGGAGAAUAGAGAAUACGAUUUUCGUUUGUUUGCUGUUAAUGAUGCAGGAGCAUCAACCCGACCCGCUCAAAUAGAUGGAAUUAGAACCAAAUUACCGUUUGAUAAGCCUUCGAAACCAGCGUCUAUUUCUGCCAAUGAACUUGGACCAGGCAAAAUUUCGGUAAACUGGGAAAAAUCAGAGAAGGAUGGGGGAUCAGAAAUUUUGGGAUAUGUCAUAGAAGUAUGCGAAUUUGCAAAUUUAGAAUAUCGCAAGGUUAAAACUACAUCGGCAGACGAAAAUAACGUCGAAAUUGACACUCUACAACCGAAUGAAAGAUAUUUCGUAAGAGUCUCAGCUAAGAAUGAAGCAGGAGUCGGAGAGUACUGUGAGCUUGAAAAACCUGUUUGCGCUAGAAGACCCCCCACCGCGCCCUCAGCAGUGCGAAAUUUACAGGUUCAAAGAGCCGACGAAAAGAGAAUAAGCUUAGCGUGGGAUGAGCCAGAAACAGACGGCGGAAACCACAUUUUAGGAUACAUUCUUGAAAUAUCUGAAGAUGGGGGAGAAUUUACAGUUGCUGCUGAUGUCCCAGCUUUCAAGAACUUUUACGAUUUUGAAAAUUUACAAGUAAACACUGGCUAUAAAUUUAGAAUAUCUGCAAAAAAUCCUCAAGGUCAAGGUCCCGUAAUAGAACUCAACGAGCCUUCUUACCUAGUUAAGCCUAUAUCAAGACCUUCCACUCCAACAAAUUUUACCGCUGUGCCGACAGUAAAAGAAGUGGUUUUAAGUUGGGAUGUCAUUUCAAAUGACUCGAAUCGUCCAGAUACUUUUGUUAUUGAAUUAAGUAGAAAUAACGGAAGAUGGGAAUAUGUAGAUGAAAUUCCAUCCGAUCAAGCAAAAUUUAAUGUAUCAAAUUUACGAAGCCAAUACGAUCUGCAAUUUAGAAUCUACGCUCAGAAUAAAGCUGGCAAAAGUAAACCUAUUCAACUGGCUGAAAGCGUAAGACUGUUAGAGGAACUGACUUCCGACAUUUUAGAUGCGCCAAAGAGUGUAUCAGUAAAGAAUGUUACCGAAUCGGCUCUGACGCUGGAAUGGAUCGAACCUGACGAAUCGAAAAAUCUUCAAUAUAUUGUUGAAGGAAGGAAAACAACUGAAACGGAAUUUCAAUUAGUAAAGAAAACAGACAAGCCUUCCGCUAUUAUAGAGAAUCUCUCUCCAAAUGAAAAAUACAUUUUCCAAGUGAAAUCUGUCAACGAAACAAGUAGCAGCGAAAAUGCAGCAGUUCUUGACGAACCUGUCUGUACUAAGGCUAUCGUUAAAGAUACAGAAGAAGUGAAGGAAGUAGCUACAGUUACGGAACCGCCUUUGAACCUACGAUUAAAGGAGACAAAGAGUAACGAAAUUACAGUUGAAUGGGAUAAACCUGAAUCUCUUGAUAAGGUUGAAUCAUUUAUUGUACAAUAUAAAAAAGAAGGAAAGAAGAAAUGGAAAGAAGGAGUUGUUGUUGAUCUUCAAGAUUCCCUCGUACAUUUAACAAAUUUGGACGAAGACAAAGUUUAUGAAAUUUCUGUUGCUGCUAAACUUUCAUCUGGUGAUUUAAUUUCAAGUGAUACUAUUAAAGCUAAGACAAUUGUUUCUGAAAAGUCUCCUAAUGAUAAAUUACCGAAGUUAGAAAAUUUACCAGAUGAUAUUAAAAUUAAAGCUGGCGAUGAUCUUCUGUUAUCCUGCAAAUCAACUGGAACACCUGGACCAGAGAUUAGUUUCUAUAAAAACGACAAGAAAAUUAAAACAAAGAAGAGUGAUAAACGAAUUAAAGUUGAUUGGGAUAUGGAUGCCGAUAAAUAUACUUUGACAAUUAAAGAAGCUAAUCCGGAUGAUUCGGGAGAGUAUAAAGUUGUGGCGGAAAAUGAACAUGGUAAACAGGAAAAACUAAUUAAAAUCUCUAUUGAUGAAGAGAAACAAUUGGCAAAUGAAAGUGAAUUGAAAGAAAAACCUAAACCAAUGGAGGAAUUGAAAGUUAAAGAGGCUAAUAGCAAAUCUAUAUCGAUUGAAUGGCAGAAACCGGAAAAUUUUGAUAAUUUAGAAGCCAUUGUUGUUGAAUAUAGAGAACAAGGGAAAAAGGAAUGGAAAGAAGCAGCUGUAAUAUCUUCAAACGAAACAGGAUAUACAUUAGACAAGUUGAAAGAAAACAAACCAUAUGAAAUAGCAAUAGUUUCCAAGGGUUCCGAUGGACAGCUCUCUUCCCCUCAAAUUGUCGAAGUUAAUACAACACCUGUUGCAGAAGAGAAACCUGAAGUGAAAGGAAAAGUUCCGGAAGUUGCUGAAUUACCAGAUGAAAUUCAUCAGCAUCCGGGCGAUGUAAUUGAAAUCUCUUGUAGAGUUUCUGGUGAACCUGAGCCUGAAGUGCAAUUUUUGAAAAAUGGUAAAACCAUCAAGCCUAAGAAGGAUAAGCGUAUUAAAAUUGAUUGGGAUAUGAAAACUAAUGUUUACAAAUUGAAAAUAUCUGAUUGUACUUGUAAAGAUAGCGGAGAAUAUAAAAUAACUGCUGAAAAUAAUCUUGGUACAUUAGAGAAGACUGUUAAAGUAAGUAUUGAGGAGAAACCGAAAGAAAAAGAGCCAUCAUCCAAAGAAGAGGAACCAAAAUCAAGCUUAGAAGAAAACAUACCGAAAAUUAAAGAUGUUCAAGAUAACUUCUCUCUAAAGACGGGUGAAACAAUGAAAAUAUCAUGUCAUUUAGAAGGUGAACCGGAACCAGAAAUUAAGUUUGUUAAAGAUGGAAAAACAAUUAAAGUAAAGAAAAAUGAACGAAUGAAAUUAGAUUGGGAUAUGGAAAAUAAUAUUCAUACUUUAUCAAUUAAGGAAGUUUCUACCGAAGACAGUGGUACAUACUUAAUCAAGGCAGAAAAUAAAUUUGGAAAGGCUGAAAAAGAAGUAAAAGUCCAAAUUAUUGAGGAGAAAAAGAAUACUGAAGAGGAUAAACUGAAAAAGGCGGAAGAAAUUGAAAAGAGAAAGCCAAAGAUUGUUAACCUUCCAGAGAAAAUUAACUUAGAAACUGGAAAACCAAUUGAAAUUUCAUUUAAAAGUCAAGGUGACCCCGAACCAGAAAUUAAAUUUAUGAAAGAUUCUAAACAGUUGAAACCAAAAAAAGAUUCUCGGAUUAAAAUAGACUGGAAUAUGGAUAAUGGACAGUAUUCAUUAAUAAUAAAAGAUGCCAUACUUUCUGAUUCUGGCGACUAUGUAAUAUUAUCUGAAAAUGAAUUUGGAAAAAUUGAAAAAUCCAUAAAAGUUGAUAUCGAAGAACCUAAAAAGCUGGAAAAAGAGGUAAAUGAAAUAAAGGAAGAGGUCGUUGCUGAGAAUGUAGAAGAGUUGAAGGAAACUCCUGACCACUCGGCUAAAUCUUUGGAAGAAGCUUCAGUUGAGCCUGAAAAAGUCGCUACUGAGAAAGCUCCUGAUGUUAUAAAAGAUGAAGAAAAAUACAAGAAAAAACAACCGAAAUCUGAGUCUUCAAAAAGUGAGGAAUCAUCUGAGGAAUCGUCUUCGGAAGAGGAAACUUCGUCUGAAUCUGAAACAGAAAGUAGCAGCGAGGAAUCUUCCAGUGAAGAAGAAACAUCGAGCGAAGAAGAAUCAGCAAGUAAAAGCGAAUCUUCUGUCGCAGAAAAGCCUUCUACAAAACUAAAAGAAGGAACAGUUGAAGCAGAGAAAAAACCAGAAGCUGAAAAAGACAAAGACAAAAAAAUUGAAGAAAUUCAGCCGACACCUGUUGAAGAAACUGCUACCAUAUCUAAAAGCGAAAAUGAAGAUCUUCAAAGUCAACCAAAAUCUGAAGAAGUCAAAGUAAAAGAACCAGAGAAAGUGGAAAAGCAAGAAAAGAUAGAAGAAGCAUCUAUGGAAAAACCAGAAAUAGUUGAAAAGCAGGAAAAGAUAAUAGAAGAACCAGAAAUAGUUGAAAAGCAGGAAAAGAUAAAAGAAGAACCAGAGAAGGUUGAAAAGCAAGAAAACAAAGAACAGAAACCCUCAGAAACAGAAAAAGUUGAGGACAUGAAAUCAGAAUCAACAGAAAGUAGCACGGGUUCUGAGACUUCUUCAGAAGAAACAAGUUCAGAGGAAAGUGAUAGCUCCGAAGAGAGCACAGAAACCGAAUCGGAAAAGUCUGAAAAAGUUUCAGCUUCAGAAAAGAAAAAAGAAUCGUCUCCUAAGCCUAAACCAAUGCCAGAAAUAAAAAUAAAACUGUUGAACAAAGAUAACAAUCUAAGUGUAGAAGAAGGCGAAGAACUCAUAUUGUCUUGUGCUAUUGUGGGAGGAAACGAAGUAAAAGUGGUUUGGAUGAAAGAUGGUAAAAAGCUUGCAGGAAAUUCAAGAAUACUACUAGACUCUAAAAAUGAUGAAUACUCCUUAAAAAUUCCAAAAAUUAAUAAAGAAGAUGCAGGAGAAUAUCAACUAGUUGUCUCUUCUGAAGAUCAGAAACUUGAACAGCCAUUCUCAGUGAAAAUUACCGAAAAGCCUGUUGUUCAAGAUUCUAGUGAAACUUCUAGCGAAGCGGCCAGCAGCAGCGAAAAAACUUCAGAAGAAAGUGAUGAAUCCGAAGAGAAUAAGCCAGAGUUUGUUCUUCUUCCAGAGGACGUAACAGCAUCUCCAGGAGAAACAAUUAAACUUAAAUGUAAAGUAAACGCCUCUGCCGACAUAGACGUAAAAUGGUUGAAAUCCAACGUUGUAAUAAAUACAAAGAAAAUGGCUUUUAAAAAUACUAAACAGUCUUGGGAAGUUGAAACCGAUGAAUACACUUUACUUAUUUGUGAUUGCAAACCAUCCGAUUCUGGACAAUAUAGCAUACAAGCUACCACUGACGAUGAUAGCAUAGUUCAUAAUUUUAGUGUUAACGUAGUUGAGAUUGUGGAGAACCCAAGGAAACCUCGGCCAGAAAUCUCCUGGACUAAGAGUGGUAAAGAUGUUAAGAGCAAAAAGCGAUUUAAACUAUCAGAAACGGAAGGUGGAGUUGUAUUAAAAAUAAAAAAUGCUCACGUAGAAGACAGCGGUGAAUAUACAAUUGUUGCAACAAACAAAGGUGGAAAGGUCACCAGUAAUUUUCAAUUAUCUGUUGAAAAGAAGAAAGAGAAAGAGGUGAAACCCGAAAAGAAAGCACCAGAAAUCCUUGAAAAACCAGAAGAAAGUAUUACAAUUCAAGAGCAGGAAUCAGUUUCCAUAGCUGCUAAGAUAGAAGGAUUGAAUGAAUGUGAGAUUAGUAUUCUUAAGGAUGGUAACGAAAUUCAAAAAGAUAACAUUCAAGUCCUUGUUCAAGAUAAUACUGUAUCCUUAAAAUUUGAUGAAGUUAAAGUAAUUGAUAGUGGUGAAUAUGCUAUCAAAGCUACAAAUUCACAGGGCAGUUGUCUCUGUUCAGCUAAAAUUGCCGUUAUACAAAGUCAAUCCGAAGAGAAAAAAGAACAAGAAAUCUCUGAAGUAGCUGAGGAAAUUGUACCGGAAGUAGAAAUUUCAAAUGAAGCUGAAAUUGUCAAGAAAGCUCCAGAAAUUGUUGAUAAACCGGAAGAGCACUUGAAAGUAAAUCAAUUCCAAGAUGCCUGCAUUAAAGCAAGAAUUCAAGGUCUAGAAGAAUCAAAUCUUACAGUACAAAAAGACGGAAAAGACGUCCCUAAAGACAGAUUAGAAAUUCGCGUGGAAGAAGACAUGAUAACUGUACAGUUUAAUCAAGUUGAAUUGAUUGAUAGCGGUGAAUACUCAAUUAAAGCAACAAAUACAGAAGGAAGUUGUUUAUGUUCUACUAAAAUAGAAGUCAUAGAAAGUAAAGUUCAAGAAAAACAAGUAGAAGAGAGCAGCUGCACAGAGUCUACUGUAGAAACUUUAUCUGAGGAUACAGCCUCGGAAAAACUUAAGGAAACCCUUGAGGCUCCUAAAAUUCUUGAGCAACUGGAAGACAGCUUAAAUAUUAACGAAUUUGAAAGCUUAUCCUUCUCCACUAAAAUUCAAGGCUUGGAGGAAUCUGUUGUUAGUGUUCUUAAAGAUGGUAAAGAAAUUAAAACAGGAGAUAAAGUCCAAAUUCAUGUCAAAGACGAUUUUGUCUCCGUGCGGUUUGAGGAAAUUCAAGCUGAGGAUGGAGGAAUAUAUUCCAUUAGGGCCUCAAAUAAUGCUGGUACUUGUCAAAGCGCCGUAACAGUUAACGUUAUUGAAUGUAGUGAAAGUGACGAUGAGGAUUCGUCUAAACAAAGAGAUAGCCAAGAGGCUUUAGAAGUUCCAUCAACAGAAAAGGAAACCUCAGAAGAAAUCUUCUCAGAUGAUGGAAAAGAAGCUAAGAAGUACUUUAAAGCUUUAACUGAUUAUAAUCCCACAGACACGGAUGGACUAGCUCUUGUAGAAGGUCAAGAAGUCGAAGUAUUAGACUCUAAUAAUCCUGAAAAAUGGCUUUGUAAGGAUAGUUUAAAGACUGGAUGGGUUCCACCAAGCUAUCUUGUUCAACCUAAAGAGGAAAAAUUAGAUACAAGGUCUCCUAGAGAGGUGUUUAGAGAUGACGUUAUUCAAAUUAAAGACAAAGAUCAAGAAGCCAUGGUUAAGAGGAGAUACGCUCUAACAGAGUUAAUAGAAUCCGAGAGAGAUUAUAUCAGAGAAUUAGAAAGAGUUCUCGACGGAUAUUAUAAUCUUCUUAAAUCCGAUGAGGUUCCUGAAUGUUUAAAAGAUAAACAAAAUUUUGCUUUUGGGCCUUUACCAGAAAUAUUUAAAUUUCACAAAGAUGAAUUCUUGGAAUCUUUAUAUCAGACAACCACUGAGGGUGAUAGCAUAGGACAAGCUUUUAUUGAUCAUGCCCUUCAAUUUAGCCGAUACAUACCCUAUCUUGUGGAUAGAAAGUCUGUUAAGGACCUCUUGGCUUUGGAGGAUGCAGAAAAUUUUCUAAAGGAAGUACAAUCUCAAGAUUCUAAGAAGCCAAACUUAGUUAACGGACUACAACUUCCAUUCAAUCGAUUAGACGAUUACGUUAAAGUUUUGCGUGAUUUGAUUAAGUAUAAUACAAGAGCGGGACAAACUGUAACUAAAUUAGAUGACGCUGUUAAAAUGCUACUCGAUCUAAAGAUACAAGCUGAAAAGUUUAAUUUAUUAAACAGUAUCAAAAACUACGACAAUCUAAAGGAUCUCUGUUUAUUUGAUAGAUAUGAUACGUUAACCGUAUGGUCAGAUACACCAAAACCUUCUGCUAAAGGAAAAGAAAGGAAAGUUUUCCUUUUUGAAGAUCGUCUACUAAUAACAAAGAUGAGAAAGGACGAAAACGAUCUUCCCAUCUUUGAUUUUCAAUCUGAAAUUAUGAUUGAAGAUAUAUGGUUGGACGAGCAUUUAGACGAACCAACUAGGUUCGCUUUACCUUUCGUAAAUAAUAAGAAAGGUAGAUGGACUUUCGAAGCAAAAAAUGAAUUUAUAAAGAAGGCUUGGUGUGAUGAUAUUAAGAAAUUAUUAUGUAAGAGAGGAUUGCUAGAAGAUGGUACAAGCAAACCAAAGCUACUGUCAAACCUUCAAUCAGUUAACGUUGAAAUGGGGAAGGAAGUAAAUUUCGUAAUCAAAGCCUCAUCCAUACCAUAUCCGACAUGUAUUUGGUUUCUGAAUGAUAAGCCUUUAAAAUCAUCGAAGCAUUGUAAAAUCAAUAGUAGUUCCGAUAACUUUGAAUUACAUUUACUAAGAACCGUACCGGAAAUGAGCGGCUCUCUUAAAGUUCGAUUAGAGAAUAAGAAUGGAUCUAUUGAAGAUGAGUGCAAGGUUGUCAUUAGACCAGAAGGUGUUUUCGAAGAUGGUACUACCCUACCAAAAAUUGAAUCUAAAUUAAAGAAAGUAGAGAUAUUCGAAAGCGAAUCCGCAGAAUUUACAAUAAAAACUUCAGGAUUACCUGAAGUUGAUGUUGAGUGGUCGUUAAACGAUAAGCUAAUAAAAGAUAGCGAUCUUGAACACGAAAUCAAUAAAGAUUCUCUUAAAAUAUUGAAUACAAAUAAAUCAAUUGAAGGAACAAUAAAAGUAACCGUUAGCAAUAAAAAUGGUAAAAUUGAAGAUAGUUGCGAGUUGAUUGUUAAAGAAGUUGUUCUGAACUGUGACUUUUCAAAUUUGAAAAAUUUUGAGGUUAAAUCGGGAGAAGAUAUUAAAUUUGGUGUAAAAGUUUCAUCAAAACCUAAACCAAUUAUUAGAUUAUUGAAAGAUGGAAAAGAAAUAACUAAAAACGAGAAAUAUUCGAUUAAAUACGAAAAAGAAACUAUAACUGUAAAAGUAAAGAAAGUAUCAACUGAAGAAAUUGGUACUUACGAGAUCUUUGUUAAAUGUCUAAACAAGGAGAAGACAGGAACUUUUGGUUUGGAAUUAGUUAAGGAGAUUGUUGAGGACAAAAUUGAUGAAAAAACCGUCGAACCUGAACAAUCGAUUCAGAAUCAACUAGAAAAUGGAAUAAAGAAAACGAAGGAAGAGAAAGAUGAAAAAGAAAAGAAAAAGCAGGAUAAUGAUGAAGAGAAUGCAGAGAAUAAGAAGGAUAUAGAAGUUGAAGAGGGAAAGAAAAAGAAAUUAAAGGAUGAUGAAGACGGUAAGAAAUCAAAGGGAAGAAGGGGAUCGAAAGAUUCUGAUAACAGUUCUAAAGCUAAAAAGAAGAAAGACGAGGCAAAAACUAAAGAUAAAACUGAAAAGAAGAAAGGAAAAGACGAUACUGAUGAGAGGAAGACGAAAAAUAGACGAGAAUCGAAGGAUUCAAUCACAUCCGAAGAGAGUAGUAAGAAAAAGAAGAAAGAAAAUGGAGAAGUUAAAAGGAGUAAAAAAUCCCCGGAUGCGGAAGCCGAAAAAGAUAAAGAAAAGAAACGAAAAUCAUCAAAGGACUCUAUUAUAUCCGAUGAUAGCGAUAAGAAAAAGAAAAGUAAAAAGGAUGAGGUUGAUGGCGAUGAAAAGAAGGUUAAAUCCGAUAAGAAAAAGAAGAAAUCAGUAGAACCCAUUUUCCCACCAUUAAUUGAUACACAUCUUAAGGACUUGAAAACAACCGAGGACUUUCAAAUUAAACUCUCUUGUAAAUAUACCGCCGAUGAACCUGCCAAGACCACCUGGAUGAAAGAUGGGCAAGAAAUAAUUAAAUCGGAUCGCUAUCAUUACAAAAAUCGUUUAGGUUCAGCCUCUUUAAUAAUCGAAAAAACUGUUCUAGAAGAUACGGGAACUUAUACCUUGGUAUUGGAGAACGAAGGAGGUUCCUCUGAAAGUAAUUGCAAAGUAAGAAUAGAAGAAGAUGAAAUAAAAAGAAGUACUAAACCAAUAUUUGAAACCGCCUUGCAAGACGCAGAGAUUCGCAGAGGGUACACAUAUAUGUUUAAUGCUGUUGUUUCUGGUACUCCAAAACCGGAAGUUGAGUGGUUCUAUAAUAGUAGACCAAUCUAUGAAACUGAGAGAAUAAGAACCGAAGCAGUUGAAAACCGAUGUUCACUCAUCAUUUCUAAAUGUAUGAAAAUGGAUGCUGGAGAUUACUCUUGCAAAAUUUCAAAUGCUGCAGGCCAAAGUCGAACUUCAGCCUAUUUAAGUAUUAUUGAUGAUGAAGAAAAAAUUGUUGAGGAUAAUAAUGACAUGGGUUAUAAGCCAACCUUAUCAAAAAAACUAUCUACACAAGACAUUAUUGUUGGUAUGACAGCGAAAUUUGAAUGUAAAGCUCUCGGUGAACCAAAGCCUACAGCUAUUUGGAAAAAAGAUGGUGUCGUUAUUGAAGAGACUCUAAGAAUUAGAACAGUUAGAGUAAACAACUCUUAUCAAUUAAUAAUCGAAGAUGCUGAAGUGGAUGAUUAUGGUGAAUACGAAGUUAUUCUAGAGAAUAGCUUUGGUUCGAUUUCCUCAACUGCAAAAUUGUUUGUUGAAGCCCCAAAGAAGCUGAAAAAGCCGAAAAAGCACGCAAUCUUCCAGCUACCUCCAACUAUGCCUUUAGUCAAACCGGAUAUGACAGAUGUUAAGGAAAAGUCCUUUAAAAUGUCUUGGCCGGAGGCAACAUACGGUCCAAACGUGGCAGUGUCAGAAGUUACUUAUGCAGUUGAAAGGAGGGAGUUACCGUCUGGUGAUUGGACGGAAGCAAAAAAAGACAUCAAAGAAACUUAUUUACUAAUUGAUGAUUAUGAAAUUGAUAGAGAUUACAUGUACCGUGUUAAAGCUCAAAACACAGCAGGGUUUAGUGAACCAACGCUAUCUUUGACCUAUUUUGCAAAAAUUGUUGAAAAACCAAAAGAGAAAGUUGAUUUUGACAAGCAUAAAGCCAAAUUACCUCCAAGAGCUCCGUGGAAUGCCCCUCAAGUUUCAGAUGUUACUGCAGACUCUUUGAAGUUGGAAUGGGAUGAGGCUACGGUACCAAGCCAAGCCGUUACGACGGAAAUCUUAUAUACAAUCGAAAGAAGAUGUCCACCAAGUAAAAACUGGAUAGAACUCGUCACCGAUCUUAAGGAAGCAACAUAUACAUUUAAGGGUUAUAAACCAGAAAAAGACUAUUUGUUCCGAGUAAAAGCUUUUAACAAAUAUGGAACUAGUGAUCCUUCCAUGUCAACUCAAGUGUUUGCCAAACCACCUGAAGCCGAAAAGAAGGAACAAAAGAAAUUAGAAGAGACAAUAAAAUCUAAGGUUAAACCUAGGACAAUUUGGGAAAAACCUACAAUAUCAGACGUGACUGACAAUUCUCUUGCUUUGAAAUGGAAAGCCUCUUCACUCCCAGCAUACGCUAUGCAGGUACCUAUAUGGUACAUCGUUGAAAAGCGAGUCCCUCCAGGGAAAGAUUGGAUCGAAGUAGUUUCUGAUACAAAAGAGACCACCUAUAAUAUUACAAAAGUGGAUAGAAAUAAGGACGUUUAUUAUAGGGUUAAAGCCGCAAAUCAGUUCGGAAUUAGUGAACCGUCAAUGCCGGCAAUGUUAAAAAGAAAAGAGGUGAAAGACGAGGAACAAAUUGAAAAACCGAAAAAGUCUAAACAAGAUAAAGAAAAUGAAGCUAGAACUAAAAAAAUCCCUGAACAUUUAAGAAUAGCCCCAGAAUUUAUCGGUCAAAUGGACGAUACACAAUACGGUGUUGAAACAAAGAUAAUGAAAAUACGAACGGCUAUAAAAGCUUAUCCAGAUCCUAAAAUUAUCUGGUAUUUUAACAAGGAGAAACUUUAUAUGGGGGAAAAAUACUGUUCUAGUUUAGCGGCUUCCGGUGAACUUAUCCUAGAAAUAAAUAACUUUAGUUGGUCUGACGUUGGUGAAUAUAAAAUACACGUUGAAAAUGAAGUUGGUUCCGCAAAUCAAGAUAUUAAAGUUGACAUGGCCGAUCCACCAACUUUCUUGGAACCCAUGAAGGAUCAAAUUUUCAAUUUGAGAUCAACCGGAAAAUUAGAAUGCCGGGUUUUCGGUAUUCCAUACCCUGACGUUGAAUUUAAGAAAGAUUGGAGAGUAAUAGCAGACUCUCAUAGAGUUAAGAUUCGACGGGAAGAAUAUGACCAUUGGACUCUAAGUGUUGAUAAUGCCAUUAGACUGGACGAGGGUGUUUACGAGUGCGUUCUUAGUAACGUUGCUGGCAAAGUUUAUUGUACUGCAAACGUUAAAGUUUCAGUUAAAGCGAAUUAUAUCAGAGAUUUGAAAUUCAACCCCUGUCACAUAGAAGACUAUUUUCAUGUUAUAGACGAGAUUGGUCGGGGUUCUUACGGUGUGGUUAGAAGGGUUAUAGAAAAGAAUUCAGGUUAUCAGUACGCGGCAAAAUUUUUAAGAUACUCCGAUCCAGCUCUUAGAGAAGAAUUAACAACCGAAUUGGAAGUUAUGACAUACCUAGAUCAUCAUAAUAUUGCGCAAUUACAAGAUGGUUAUGAUGAUAAGAAAAGACUUGUUAUUGUUACAGAAAUAUUAACGGGAGGAGAAUUAUUACCAAAAAUUGUAAAGGACGAUUCAUUCACAGAAAGUGAAGCAGCCCAUUAUCUAAAGCAAUUACUAUUAGCCGUAGAGCAUAUUCAUUCAAAGAACAUAGUUCAUCUUGAUUUAAAGCCAGAGAAUUUAUUGCUAACAAAUUCUUCAUCUGAAGAAAUAAAACUCAUAGAUUUUGGUUUUGCUAGAAAAUUAAAUCCAAGAUUGCCACUACAUGCCAAGUAUUGUACACCUGAGUUUGCUGCUCCGGAAGUUGCUGAUAAUCAACCAAUAAGUACUUCGGCUGAUAUGUGGAACGUAGGAAUUAUCGCAUAUAUUUUACUAUCCGGAUCUUCACCUUUUGCUAAUGAAUCUGAUAGAGAUGCUCUUUUGAAUGUUGCCAAAGCUGAUUGGAAUUUUAACGAUAGCUUCUCCACAGUUUCAGGCGAAGCAAAAGAUUUUAUAUCUCGUUUACUAGUUAAAGACCCUAGGAAAAGAAUAACCGCUAGCCAAGCUAUUGACCAUCCUUUCAUUGAUCUAUCUAAUCGAAGAGGUUUAGGGGACAAAAUAAAUUUGGAAAGGCAUAAAUCAUAUAUCUUUCGACGAAAAUGUCAACGCGGUUUACGAUCCAUUAAAACCAUGGUGGAACCUAGAUCGAUUAACGAUAUCAUUAACGGUCCAAUGACUGUUCCAGCUCUUCAGCUUCCGGAAAUAAGCGAACCCGAUGGAUUCUUUUCACCACCAAGAACAAGAGCUUCGUCAGUUUUCUCAUGUGCCACAGAUUUUCAAGAGGCUGGAGCUGCUGGAAUGCUCGAAAUUAUGGGUCCUCCGUCCAUGAUAACGAGCGCAGCUCCUUCCACAAUUGGUAGUGGAUCAUCUUCCGAUUGGGAAAAAGAGUACGAGGAUGAAGAUACUUGGUACGAAUGGUCAGCCGCUUAUCAAUCGGGACCCGAAGCUCAACUCCUCCCUGCAGAGGAUGUUAAAUUUAACGUACGAAUGGCAAGAUAUAGAAGAGCAUCUUCGAAAACAUCAGUUAGAAGUCGGUCCCGAAGAGAAAGACAAGACUUACGAGAUUUAGAGAGAGAGGCCGAAGAUAAUGCAGUUGUGGAAAGGAAACCGAAGAAGACUUCCUUGUGGCAUCUUAAAAACUCAGCCGAUACGCAAGAAGCCUUACCGCCAAUAUUUAAAACAAAAAUAAAUGAUAAGGCAUACAACGUUGGAGAACCGUGUACUGUUUCUGUUUAUGUCAUUGGAAAUCCAAGUCCUACAGUUAGUUGGUAUAGAAACGACGAAAUUUUAACUCAAGGUGGAAGAGUAAGAACUUGGGAUGAUGGUAAAGGUCGACAUACGCUAACAAUCUUGCAGACUAAACCAAACGAUUUUGGAGUCUUUAAGUGUAUCGCUAGAAAUAAAUAUGGUAAAGUAACGUGCAGAGCAAGAAUGUUAUUGGGAGAUCAUCCAUCUAGACCUGGUCGACCUCACGUAACUAGUAUAUCAGAUAUAGAAGCCUUCUUAAUAUGGGAAGAACCCGAACAGGAUGGAAAUUCAUAUAUUCUAUCGUACAGAAUCGAUUAUAUUAAAUUAGGGGAUAAACGUUGGACCACAGCAACUUACUCUAUUGAUGAAUGCGCAUUAGUGAAAGGUUUACGAAGAGACACGACUUAUCGCUUUAGAGUGUCAGCGUUAAAUAAAUUUGGUAUUAGUCCUUACAGUUGGGCUUCAAUUGAAGUUAAAACAAAGGCAAAAGGUGCGCCUUCUAUUAAUAUUGACUCAACAACGAAAAAGAUAUUGCUAAGGUCUAGACAAGCCACCUGCCAACCUUCGCCGGAAGCUACACCUACACCGUCUAGAGAGACUUCUGUUGAACGAGAAAAGGUCAAGAGUGUAGAAGGCGAAGGCUUUGUUGAACAGGAAGUGUUUUUGCAGGAAAAGGUUGACCCUGAAAAGUAUUUGAAGUUUGGCAGUGAAGUUUGGAGAGGAAGAUACUCUUUAAUAAGAGAUUGCAGCAAUAAAACAGGCUCGCAAAAUGAUAAAAGAGUUGUUAAAAUCGUAAGUUACGACGAGUGGAAGCACGAAGAUUGCCUAAGGGAAUAUGAAAUGCUAAAGGCCGUUCGCCAAGAGCAUAUCGUCAGACUCUUUGAAGCUUAUUUAUACAAAGACUUCCUAUUUCUAGUUUUGGAAAAGUUAUCUGGUGAAAACAUUGCUAGAACUUUGUCGUUACGUAAUAAAUACACAGAAUAUCACGUAACAAGCGUAAUGAAACAAGUCUUAGACGCCUUACAAUUCUUACAUCACAGAGGCAUUGUACAUCUAAAUUUACAACCCGACAACGUAAUUACGGUAUCGCCGAGAAGAUACGAUAUAAAAUUAAUAGAUUUCGGUCGAUCGAGAAAGAUUACAAGCUACGAGGGUAUUAAAGUAAUGCGAGAGGGCACGGCAGAAUUUAUGGCUCCCGAGAAGGUCAUCAACGACUAUGUUGGGGUGCCGGCGGAUAUUUGGGGAGCCGGAGUUCUCGCUUUUGUUCUGCUUAGCGGUGUAUCGCCAUUCAGAGGUGAAGAUGAAAGGGAGACAUUCUCCAAUAUUAAGCAUGUUCGAUACAAUGCCCACGAAAUUUAUCAUAACGUAACGAAAUAUGGCUUGAAGUUUAUCUAUCAGAUUUUCAAGCGGAAACCAAAAAAUAGAAUAACAACCGAAGAAUGCCUUGAGCAUAGAUGGCUACAACUCAGUCCACAGUUAAUCCAACAGAGGCGGUCUACUAUAUUUACUACAGACCGUUUAAGAAAUUUUGAAGAAUCGUACAUUUCUAGGAGAAUGACCGGAAGUAAAACAUCUGAUGAACUUAUCAAAUUAUACGGUAAAUCAGCCGGAGCUUUCGACGACUUUGAAUUCGAUGAGUGA